AUGUCAUGCACAAAAAUUGAGCACGGAAACGUGUUUUUUAUAACGGGCACGGAAACGUGUGCACGGAAACGUGUGCACGGAAACGUGUGCACGGAAACGUGCCUGCACGGAAUCGUGUGCACGGAAACGUGUCUGCACGGAAUCGUGUGCACGGAAACGUGUGCACGGAAUCGUGUGCACGGAAUCAUACCCCACCGAACAACUUAUCCAUAUCCAAUUUUAUUCAGAAAUGUUUUGCUUGAUUUUGAAUUGGUAGCUGGAUGCAAACCACAAUUAAUAGCAUCAGAUAUAGAUGUCCUAAAUGUAACACAUAAUUGGUGGGGUGUUGCUAACGAAGCAGAAUUGAGUCAAAGAGUUUUUGAUUCUGAUGAUUGGAAUUCUUUAAGUCUUGCCCAAUUUUCUCCUUUCUACACAACGGAAGAAUUGUUUUUAAAUUUUUGGUGGGAUUAUAGAAGAGCUCAAUUAAAUUUUGCUUCGAAACAAGGAACUUUUGAUCCUCCAGCACACGAUUUAAGAGGACGGCUUUGGGGACACGUUAAAUUGGAAUUGGACCCUGAAAGAUGGUACCCAUUUCCUUACCAUUAUCGGCCCUUUCGCCCCUAUCGAAUUACUAGAGAUUUGACAAUAAUGCCUGGGGCAUCUCUUACAAUAGAAAAGAAUGUAGAAGUACACAUUUGGCCAAAUGUCCGGAUUUUGGUUUACGGCGAUUUAAUUGCUGACGGAACUCUUUGGCAACCUGUUCGGUUUAGACCAAUUAAUACAACAGAAUAUUCAGAACAGCAGGGGAAAAGAGGAAGUAAUUAUCGACGUCGACGAUCAACUGUUACUCCUUUUGAUUUAGUCCGGGCAAAACAUUUUAGUAGAGGAGGGCGUUCAAAACAUUUGGAUAUUGAAUGGAUAUUUUUAAAACAACAAAACAUUAAUAAUCGAAAAGUUUACAGGAAGAGAAAAGCAAUUAAUCAAGAAGCUUCUAAUAAUGUAUGGCCUUCUAUUUCUGCUUUUGCAACAAAACCAAGUCAAAGUGAAGAUACUUUUCGUCAAUUUCCUGAACUUGUACGCGAAAACGCUCAAUUUCAACACCUGAAAGUGCUUCUAAUGGAAGAUGAUGUAAAAGGGAAAUUGAAAGGAUUUCUUCAUUUUUACAAUGCCACAAGUGGGGAGACUGUGCCUUCUUGUGAUAGACAUUUUACUAUAAGAAAUGCUCAGGUAGUCUGUCGUGAGCUUGGCUUUAGCCCUCAAAAUGCUUAUCAUUGGCUAACUCCACAAUGGUCAUACAAUCCAAAAAUCAGAAUAGUUAAAACUUAUAUGGAACCUAGAGAAUGUCGAGGGUUUGAACAUCGUUUAGAACAAUGCAGUUAUACUAAAAAAUAUACUAAAAAAUUUAAAUUUUUAUUUUCUUCAGCUCUCCGUUUAACUUCUCUCCUCACAGAUUGGCAAUGUAUGGAUAAUGAACAUUUUAAUUAUAUUCAUUGUGGCCAAGAUUCUUCUCUCUCAAAUGAAUUUAUUGGACAUUGGGGUGGUAUUACUUUUGCUAGAUAUGGACUUGAUAUUGGGGAGGAAAAGGAGAGGAAGGAGGAGGGGAAUAAUGGUUAUGAAAAGGAAAUUGGAAGUGGAGGGGAUCGUUCUAUUCUGAGGCAUGUUGAGUUGGUUGGGGGAGGUAGAGCACACAAUAAUUCGUUAUUUGAGGCUACACUUCAGAUCAUACAGAGAUGCCCAAUUCUGGAGAAUGUCAACGUUACAAACUCAUCAAUGGGUGCAAUGCAAGUAUUACUCCCGCCUUGCGGCAAUUUAUUACUUACCCGAUUAAAUAUCUCUUGCAAUCAUGGAAUAGGCUUAACUAUUCUAUCGGCCGGUCUUCUACAUUCUGCAACUACUCACCAUUAUUCAAGCAGUUCAAAUAGAGGAAUGCCUUCACUUUCAAUUCUUCAAUCUCAACAUUCUAUCCCUAAAGGCCCUCUUAAUAUUCCAUACCAAAUUCCUGGAUUUUUGGAUAUUUGUUCUUCCGGAAAAGAAAUUAAAAUAAAAACAAGAUUAAUUCUUUUUUACAAGUAUGACUCUUUUGCUGUUGAUUGUGUUAAAAUAUUUAAAUCUGUUGAUGGAAGGAAUCUUGGUUUUAGAUUUUUACAAGCAAAUUUCUACUCUGGACCUGUUGGAAUCCCUCGUUCAGACAAAUUGUCUAUUUAUUCUGGAUCAUCUUUUUCUUCAUCUUCCCUUUUACGUUCAUUUAAUUAUUUAUCGAAUUUUGACGAAUCUGGCAGUAUCACAACUCAGUCCUCAAUUAUUUCAAUUCAUCUCAGGGCAACAGCUGCCGAUGGAGAAUUCGGAUUUUUGGCAGAAAUUGCCACUCUUCCCGCUGUUCCUUUGCCUCGUAAAGGUGUUGAUGAAGUUGCUAUUCGUGCUUCUCGUAUAUUAAAUAAUGACAGAGGGGCUAUUAAUUACAAAAAUUUGGGAGAGAUUGGACCUAAUGUAAUUAUUGAACAAUGUGCUAUUGAUAGAAAUGGAUAUCAUCUUUAUGGAAAUAUUUCUACUUCAACUGCAGCUGUUAAUAUGGAUGUACAUAAUACUUUGCUUUUUUUCUUCCGUGCCAAUUCAAUUCGUUAUGGCCGUGGAGGACUUUUUAUUUCUGCUAAAAGUUCAAGUUCAAUGUCCCGUUUAAGAGCAGUUAUUAAAAAUAAUGCCAUUUUAAUGAAUUCAAAUUCAAGUAUUUUAACAUUUAUUGGAAAUGGAUUACAAAAAGUUUUUUUAAACGGUGUUUCGGCCAAUUUCUCUCACAAUAUAAUUAAUAAAAAUGUUGGCUGGCAUAUUUUAGAUACUUGUAGAUUAAAUGGAGAAUUGAGAGAAGAAACUGCGACAGAACUUUAUUUCCAAAAUAAUUAUCUUAAAGAUAAUUUAGCAUUAGGGCAUGGAAAUCCUUACAUUGAACGUUAUGGAUUUCAUGAUGGAAACGAACUGGAUGAGUUUGUGGAAAGAAGGCCUAAAAGACAAGUUCUCAGCCAAAAAGGUGUUAGUUUUGACUGGUGGACUCAUAUUGGUGCUGAAAGCAGUCGUUAUCGUUCUACAAUUCUUUCUGGCUCUGUACACCAACUUUAUUCCCGAAAUUUAUUCGACAACCCUUUAAAUGAUUUUGAAUUGGUUACUACUCAACAUGAAAGUCCUCAAUUCGAUAUUUCUUCAAUAAAUGCAAGAUAUAAUUAUUGGGGUCCACCAGGCACUAUUGGAACGGCUGCGGGUAAAAUACGCGACCAACAUGAUGAUCCACUGCUUAUACGUGUAGAUUAUGACCCUGUGUUGGAAUCGAAUACCUCCCUUAUUGAAGGAGACUGCCCAGCUGGAUGGUUUCUGGUUGGCAGGGAAGAGUUUAAAUCCUGCUUUAUUUUUAUUGGAGCAGCAUCUACAUAUUCUGAUGCUGUCCAAACCUGUCAAUAUUUGGAUGCAUUUUUGCCUAUAAUGCAAAGUGGAGAUCCUCGUCAAAAAGAACUUGCUGCAAAAAUAGAUAUUUUAAGUCAAUUAUAUAUUACAGAAUUGGAAAGAAUUAACUCUUUUGGAGUAAAAUUUUUAAGUUAA